CGGCUUCCAAUCGGAUAGCGUUCCGUUGACCCUGACUCUCUGUCUGCGGUCACAUAAGAAAUUUCCUAUCCACUCAUGUGAUUUAUCAAUUGCUUUUUCCACUUGUCGAUAAUACACCUAGGUUCCUGCCUGAAGGCAUCGGUGAUCCACUGCUACUAGAUACGGAAGCCCGUUAAGCGAAGGUUUCUUCUAUUCCAUCCAAAACCAUUUGAGGUUUGUCCGGAGCGGUUUUCGCACCUAGCGUUACGUACACAUUUUAUUUAUGAUAAUAUGUCUACACGUAAUCCAUCCCCACCUCCAGAUUAUGACGGAAAUGUCAAACAACUUGAUAUGAUAGGUGACACAACUUACAGCAGACGUUGGCUUUUCUCGUUGUUAAUUAAAUUUCUGGAAAAGGUUAAUAGUGAGACCUCUGCAACUUGGCUAAGUUCCGACGAAGAUCCCUCUCGUAAGGAGUCAGAAACAGAACUGGAGGAACAGCUGUGCUGUCUGUGGGAUCUAACUGUCAAUCGUGAUGUUCUGAAAUUUCUCGACGAGUUUGAAAUCGUCUCAAUAUUUAACAAUGCUCUGGGGAGUGUUCAAAACCCCAGGUUACUGGAAAUUAUAGUAGGAAUUUUGGGAAAUCUAGCUUAUGAUCCACUUGCCUGCCGUAAAAUGAGUGAAAGUGAAUCGUUUAUUGUCCGUGUAAUAAACUUGCUUUACACAAGAGAUACGCCUGCACUAAUUGAAACAUGCAGAUUAAUUCAAACUGUGCUUGCUUCAGAUGAAUAUAGAACACCUUGGUUAAAUGAAAUCCGAUUUCAGCCAGAGUUUUUUGAAAAUAUGCUUUUUAUUUUGAAAAGCUCAACCAAUGCCACACUUUUAAUAGGUACAGUACGUCUCAUUGACGUCAUUACACGUGAAGAUGACAGUUUAGCUGAGGUUUGGUGUGGUGAGCAUCUGCUUACUGCUAUAUUAAUAGCCCAGCACCAAAUGAAGUGGCUUUAUGGCAGUGAAGUAGAAAUCAUUCAUCGUCUACUUUAUACAUUUUCCUCUAAUGUAAAUGGUGUGUCAGCCCUAGUCAAUUCAUUUUCCGAAGUGUUACCUACUUUUGGUGUUUACUUGCGUAAAGUUUGUGAAGAUGCACCUCACCUCAUCCACUUUGUCACGUACUACAAUAGUUUACGAGCAAUCAUCCCGAUAAUAGAUGUCGUUAUAGCUAGCUUACCGUGCAUGGAUGCUAUGUGUUGUUACUUAUCAGAUCCACAUAUCCUUCCUUCUUUAAUACACAUUGCUUGUGGUUGUCAAAAACAAAAGUCUGAACUACCUUUGGUUCGUGGAAUUUUGGCCGAUUUAAAUGUAUUAUAUAAAGAUAUCAUCAAAUCAAUCAGUUCAUGUUUAGAAACAAUGGAUGAUUCAAACAUAGCACCGUUAACUACAGGUGAAUUACAAUGGCUGGCAAACUUAGAAAGUGAUGAUCAAUUUGGAUUUCGUGAAGCGUUUGUAAAUUGUUGUUUAAAUGAUGGAGAUUCUGAAACUAAAGCUUGUCUUAUUUCUGUAUGUAAUCGGCUAAAGUUACCGAAGAUUUUGGAAUCAGUAACGACAGAUGGUUAAAUGUCAGAAUGAAAUGUUUUAAAACACACAUUCUGAGCUAAAAACGACGAGUGGGAAAUGAGGAAAAAUUUAACACCAACAGAUUUUAUGAGAUCAAAAUAUCAGCCAAACUUAAUUUGCCUUUGUAGAUUUUCUAUUAUUUGAUUAAAAAAACUCGUAACACUAA